AUGUUUUCCGCCGGUCUCAAGUCCUUCGCUGGACGCAGCUCCGCUCGCCACCUUUCAUCGCGAAACUUCUCAUGCACCGCUCGCGCCAACCGAAUCAUCACCAACCAGCCGCUACGAGCCAAGGAGGCUUCCGGUCUGAUCACCAGCAAGUACCCCGUCGUUGACCACGAGUACGACGCCUUGGUCAUCGGUGCCGGUGGUGCUGGUCUCCGGGCUGCGUUCGGUCUCGCCGAGGCCGGUUUCAACACCGCCUGUAUCUCAAAGCUCUUCCCGACCCGAUCACACACUGUCGCCGCCCAGGGUGGUAUCAACGCUGCGCUCGGUAACAUGCACAAGGAUGACUGGAGGUGGCACAUGUACGAUACCGUCAAGGGUUCAGAUUGGCUCGGCGACCAGGAUGCCAUCCACUACAUGACCCGUGAGGCUCCUGCAUCCGUCUACGAGCUGGAGAACUACGGAUGUCCCUUCUCGCGUACCGAGGAUGGCAAGAUCUACCAGCGUGCCUUCGGUGGUCAGUCACGAGAGUUCGGCCAGGGUGGUCAGGCAUACCGAUGCUGCGCUGCCGCUGACCGUACCGGUCACGCCCUUCUGCACACUCUCUACGGUCAAUCCCUGCGACACAACACCAACUACUUCAUCGAGUUCUUCGCCAUUGACCUGAUCAUGGAGGACGGUGCUUGCAAGGGUGUCAUCGCCUACAACCAGGAGGAUGGUACUCUCCACCGUUUCCGCGCCCACAACACCGUCUUGGCUACCGGUGGAUACGGACGUGCUUGGUUCUCUUGCACAUCUGCCCACACUUGCACUGGUGACGGUAUGGCUAUGGUCGCUCGUGCUGGUCUUCCCAACCAGGAUCUCGAGUUCGUGCAGUUCCACCCUACUGGUAUCUAUGGUGCUGGUUGCUUGAUCACCGAGGGUUCUCGUGGUGAGGGUGGUUACCUCCUCAACAGCGAGGGUGAGCGAUUCAUGGAGCGUUACGCCCCUACCGCCAAGGAUUUGGCCUCGCGUGACGUCGUCUCCCGAAGCAUGACCAUGGAGAUCCGCGAGGGUCGUGGUGUCGGUCCCGAGAAGGACCACAUCUACCUCCAGCUCUCUCACUUGCCCGCCGAGAUCCUCCACGAGCGUCUGCCCGGUAUUUCUGAGACCGCCUCCAUCUUUGCCGGUGUCGAUGUCACCAAGCAGCCCAUCCCCGUCUUGCCCACCGUCCACUACAACAUGGGUGGUAUCCCUACCAAGUACACCGGUGAGGUCCUGACCGUCGACGAGCAGGGCAAGGACAAGGUCGUCCCUGGUCUCUUCGCCUGUGGUGAGGCCGCUUGUGUGUCCGUCCACGGUGCUAACCGUCUCGGCGCCAACUCCCUCCUCGACUUGGUCGUUUUCGGCCGUGCCGUCAGCCACACCAUCCGUGACAACUUCUCACCGAACCAGCCCCACACUGAGGCCCAGAGCGAUGCCGGUGCCGAGUCCAUCGGUGUCGUCGACAAGAUCCGCACCUCAGAUGGCCCCAAGUCCACCAACGAGAUCCGCAGCGCCAUGCAGAAGACCAUGCAGAGCGAUGUCUCUGUCUUCCGUACCCAAGAGGCUCUCGACCAGGGUGUCAAGAAGAUCAACGAGGUCGACCAGACCUUCAGCCAAGUCGGCAUCAAGGACCGCAGCAUGAUCUGGAACUCCGACCUCGUCGAGACCCUCGAGCUCCGCAACCUGCUCACCUGCGCCGUCCAGACCGCCGAAGCCGCCGCCGUCCGCAAGGAAUCCCGUGGUGCCCACGCCCGUGAGGAUUUCCCUGACCGUGACGACGAGAACUGGAUGAAGCACACCCUCACCUGGCAGAAGAAGCCCCACACCCCCGUCGACAUCAAGUACCGGGCUGUCGUGGGCACAACGCUGGAUGAGAACGAGUGCAAGGCUGUCCCGCCUUUCAAGCGACAAUACUAG